AUGCCUCGUACCAAGCCAACCUCGCCCAACUCGGCCUACUACAGCCCCGAUCCCAACACCCCCACGUUCUCGCCUCCUGGCGAGUAUACCGAGUUCCAGACCCUCCGACCAGGUACACCAGGAAGCUUUGGUCGGUACUCUGUCGCCAGCACCAACCUCGAAAAGUACGAUCAGGACGGCCCCCACACUCCACAAGCACAGGCUCUUUUGUCCCAUGACGACGGCGCCCAGCGUUCUAGCGCCUAUUACUUUGACAAGGAAGGCGGUGCUGCUGCUGCCCAUUCUGCUUCUGAUGCAUACCAAUACCAGGGCAGACGGGGCCAAGGCUUCAAUCCCGCCAACGCCGCUGCUCUCGAACAUGGGUCUCCCGCUAAAAAGCGCGCUGGCUUCAUUCGACGCAGACCCAUCCUCUUCAGUGCCAUCCUCCUCCUCGUCCUCAUCGCUGCCGGUGUCGGUGCCGGUGUAGGUAUUUCGCAGUCCAACAAGUCCAAUGACAAGAACCUUUCCGCCACCAACACCAGCGCCAACUCUGGAUCCGGCUCCGGCUCCAACUCCCCCUCCUCUUCCUCCUCCCCUUCCUCGACCAGUCGUGGCAGUAGCGCUGGCUCCCCUACCACCUCCUCCGCUCCCAAGAUCACUCCUUUCGCCAAAUACAGCUGGACUGACACCGGCACCAAGGCUUUCGGUGUCAGUCUCGGCUCCUGGCUUGUCCUCGAGCGAUGGCAGCUCGAAGAUUGGAUGGUUGAACAGGGCGGUGACGAUGCUUGGGACGAGUGGAGCUUCACUCAGAACCUCGGCAGCAAGGCCGCUUCCGUCCUCACCGACCACCAAAACAGCUGGGUCACCGAGGCCGACAUGGACACCUUGCAGAACACCGGUGUCAACCUCGUUCGUAUCCCCAUUCCCUUCUGGGCCUUCAUCCCCACCAUCUCGGGCGAGCCUUACUACAACAACUUGACCGCAUACAGGGCCCAGCUCGACAAGAUGCUUCAGUGGUGCUACUCGCGCGGCAUGUAUGUCAUGCUCGACCUCCACGCCAUGCCCGGUUCGCAGAACGGCGACCAGUCCAGCGGUCACAACACCACCAACAUUCAGUGGUUCUCGCAGGCCAACCAGGACCGUUCCGAUACCUUCCUCAAGAAUGUUCUUUCCUGGGCCACCUCGAGCCAGUACAGCUCCAUCAUCAACUCGAUCGGCGUCGUCAACGAGCCCCGUGUCGUUAACAACAACUGGGCGGUUGACCAGUCCCGCUUCCAGAUCACCCAGAACUACUACGAGCGCAGUUACGCUCUUUGCGUCCAGAACAACAUCCCCAUGACCUUCCACAACGGCUUCGCUCCCGGCAGCGUCACGGACAAGAUGAACCUCUGGAAGUCCUUUGUCUCGGGCAAGGACCCCAACAUGCUCAUAUACGAGGACCACCCGUACCCAGGCUGGUUCCAGACGCCUGAACCGGGCCAGUCCCAGAUUCAGUCGUCGGUCUGCGAAUACGGUGCUGCGGGAAGCUCCUUUGGCAUUCCCAUCAUCAUGGGUGAAAUGUCGGCCAUUCAGAACACCAACUCGUCAAGCUACGCCACCACCUACCUACAGAUGCAGUUCGCCACGUACGGUUGGUCCGCAGGGUCCAUUUUCUGGAACUUUAAGGCCAACGCGUCGCAGAACCCAGUGCUCGCCCUCUCGCCCAACUUGAUGCAGCUCUACUCGUAUGUCGACCUCGUCGCUGCUGGCACCAUGCCCAACCCGGGCAAAGGCGGAAACAUUCGCAACUUUUACUCGAGCCUGCCCAACCCUUGUGGCGGGUUCCAGACCUACGGCUGGAGCAACCCUGCGCCAUGA